AUAAGCGCAACCCACACUUUGUUUCUUCUAGUGAGUGAAUAUUCCGGUCACUGGAGAGAACGAAAGCCUCGCCGGAGAAUCUCGCCGGAAAAUGGACGAGUCGUGGAGAAUGCGAAUGGGACCGUCGCCGGGCCUCCCUCGCCGCCGAUCCAUGGAGGACCGCACGCGCCGCUCCAUCUUCGCCGCCGCCGCCGAGCCGGAGGCCCUCGACCCCGACGACUUCGCCGACGUAUUCGGUGGACCGCCGAGGAGCCUCCUGGCGCACAAGUUCUCGAGGUCGAGUUCCUUCUACGAGGAGAUUUUCCGGCCGCCGGAGUUCGCGUCUCCGGCGGCGGCGAAGGGCGGCCGGAGCUUGCCGGUGUUCCGGAUUCCGGCGAAGAGUGAGGCGUUUUACAGCGACAUAUUCGGAUCAGACGAGGAGCGGCGGUCGCGGGAGCGGUCGGGGCCGCAGUCGAAGGCGAAAUCGAAGUCGAAUUCGUCGUCGGCGCUGAGCUCCGAGGAGCUGAGCCCUCUCCGGCCGAUGACCGGCGAUGACGUGGCAUUGUCUAACUUCGCUUCGAAGCUCAGUGAUUGUUACAGGCCAAUCAAUGUCCCAUGCAGAUGGAAUUCAUGCACUAUGAUGCCUGGGGAACACCCAAUUAAACAAGGAGGGGCAUUUUUUCCAUGCAAUAGUCAGUCAUUUGAAAUUCAGUAUCAGGAUAAUGAGUACAAGGAGAGCUUCAAGAGUUCUCAUUUAGGAUUCUCAAGAAGAGUCUCAUCCCCAGAAACAAUAAGUCUUGAAUCCAAUUCUUAUCAGAGCAUGAAGGUAUCCGCUGAUGACUGGGAACUCAGUUCCCCGUUUUCAGCUGUCUCUGGACUUUGUCAAGAACCUGAGGCAAAAUCUUCAGUUCAUGAUCAUAUGCUUCCGGAGCUAGUAAUGGAACAGGAUGAUGAUGACGAAGUCAUGAGCUCCUAUGUCAUAGAGGUCAACUCUAACUUUAGAGAGGAAAGUUGUGGAACAGCAGACAUUGAUGAAGCAAUAGCAUGGGCCAAGGAGAAGUUUCAAUCACGAAAUUCGGAUGAAGAAUCAAGCUUGAGAAAUGAAGGCAGUGAGCAAACUACUGGGGUGGGAGGAAGGUCUGAUGCAGGCGAAUGCCACGGUGAUGGAAUACGAAAAGUUAUAUCUUCGAAGACAGAAACAGAGAAGUUGGACAGAGAUAUUAGAUUGUGGUCAUCUGGCAAGGAAACUGACAUCCGGCUACUCCUUUCAACACUACAUCAUAUUUUAUGGCCUGAGAGUGGCUGGUAUGCUGUUCCUCUUACGAACCUAUUAGAAAGUUCACAAGUGAAGAAGGCUUAUCAGAAAGCAAGAUUAUGCCUCCACCCUGACAAACUGCAGCAAAGAGGAGCAACACUCCUACAGAAGUAUGUAGCAGAGAAGGCUUUCUCCAUUCUUCAGGAUGCAUGGACAGCAUUCAUUUCUGAAGACGUUUCCUUCUAAACAGCAUGUGACUCCAAUUCCUGAAAACUCAGUUUUGGUUUAAAGCUCGUGGACAAACAUCAAGAUAGACAUUCGGAAUGACAGGCGAUCAUUUCCACGCGGAAAAUACACAUGAUGUACAUGAAAUUUGAAAACAGGAUGUCCUUUGUACAAACAGUUGACUGAUGGAACUACUGUUUUGUGUUUGUAUCAUAAGUUGUUUGAUGCUUUUGUAGGUAUUAUUUUGGAAGUAGUUAACAAGAAGUUAUCUGGUUGGUUUCAGUACUUGAUUUGUAUAUGAUGACAUGAAACCUAGAAAUCAGCCUUUUGUUA